UAAAAAAAGGGAAAAAAAAAAACAACAUCCUUUGAUCUUGUUUUUUGUUCUUGUUCUUCUACUUGUGCUUCUGCUGCAUGGAGUUUGAUUCCAACUUCAAAGAUGACCUUCCCCUCCUCUCCAGCUUCUUCUCCGACAAAGCGGAGUCGAAACCGCCCCUCGACGACGACGACGACCGUGAGUUCUCGGGGAUGGAAUUAGGCUGCUCACCAUCAUCAUCCAAGGGUUUGUUCCAAAGUUUACUCGAUCAUCAUCAUCAUAAUAACAAUCACUUUCAAUAUCUUCAUCAAUACUUCCCCGUCGUCAACAGAUCCGAUUCGAUCGAUAAUAGUAAUAAUUCUCAUUACGAUCUCGAUCAUCAUCGCCGUCGUCUUGACGGGUCAUUACAAAGCCUUCUUUCUGAGAUGCCAACCCAAUGUUUUGAUCCAAAAUUUGAAGCUUUUAGCAAUGAAGCCCCCAAAGAUCAGAGCUUUGAAAGUGGGGCCAAGUUCAUGCAUGGGUUUGCGGGGUCUGGGGGUGUUUGGACGAAUUUUCCCGGAAACUUUAUGCCUCAAUUUUCUCAGCCGCCAAACAGCCAUUUAGGGUUGGGAUUGUCAGACACCAUUAUUGGGUAUGAUCACAUCAAGAAGCGAAAAAGAAUUCAGCUAAGAAAGGAAAACAAGCCUCCAAAGAAGCUUCCGAACAUUAUAAAGGGACAGUGGACUCCUCAAGAAGACAGAUUAUUGGUGCAAUUAGUGGAUGAAUAUGGCAUAAAAAAAUGGUCACAAAUUGCAAAAAUGCUGCAAGGAAGAGUAGGGAAGCAGUGUAGAGAGAGAUGGCACAACCACCUCCGGCCAGACAUUAGGAAAGACACGUGGAGUGAAGAAGAAGACAGAAUACUAAUUGAAGCCCACAAAGACAUCGGAAACAAAUGGGCGGAGAUUGCCCGGCGGCUGCCCGGACGGACUGAAAACACCAUAAAAAACCACUGGAACGCCACAAAGCGCCGCCAAAACUCCAAGAAGCUCAAAGGGAGAGAUAUUGAUUCCAAUCCCAACGGCUCGAUUCUUCAAAAUUACAUCAAAUCCGUCACCGCAGGAGAUCGCAAAAUCUCCGAUUCGCUGCCGCUGCUGGUGGACAGCCACAGCCCUGCGGCGGAGGAGGGCGGGGGGUUCUGCUUCGGGUUCGGGUACGGAUCUGGGUCCGGGUCGGGAUCGGGGAUGGAGUGUUUGAAUCUGAUGCAGAAUGAAGAGAUGAAAUCAGAGAUGGAUCUGCUGGAGCUGAUCUGUCAGGGGAAUCUUUGAUAUUCUCGUCUUUAUACAAUAUAUAAUAUAAUUUUAUAAUAAUUAGGGUUUAAACUGCAAAAACUCUUUAUUUUU